AAUGGGAGGGAGGGACGGGGCAUGGCAUGGCUGAGGUGCUGGAGUUCCGGGUGCCCACAGGCAGCGCUCAGACUCUCCUGGUCUGGGGGCUGGAGCCGCAGCCGGCGCUGGAGCAUUGCCUGUUUUUAGCAUUCUGCAAAUUUGGACCACUCUAUUCAGUGCGAACACACAGAAAUGCUGCCGUGGCAGGGCCUGGCUACUAUGCCAUCAUUAAGUUUUAUUCAGCUGGAGAUGCUGGCAGAGCCCAGCGUGCAUGCAAUGGGCAACGGCUGUUUCAGAAAUCACCCUUGAAGGUUUGUGUUUGCACCAAGCAGAAGGGGUUUCAGCAACGAGUCCUUGCUCUCAACAGCAACAAGUGCCAGGAGUUGGCCAACCACUACCUUGGCUUCAAUGGCUGGUCCAGUCGCAUCAUCACACUGCAGGACGUGUCUGGCUUUGAUGGUGAGAAUGAGGAACUGGGAGAGAUGGUACAGAAGCGAUCAGUGAAAUAUCUGUGUGCUGUAGAGGUGACGCUGCCCAACCACGGGGUAUGCACCAGGGGAGUUGCCCUUGGUGAGGCAGACCUAGAAAAUGGUGAAGAUCCUCUCGAGCUUGUCACAACCUCAAGAAGAGUUCAGAAACUUGCAGUCGGGAGGGCUUUGUCCAGCGCCUUUCAGAAGAUACUCCUCGUAGUCCUAGAGAAUGGGAAAGUGGCUGUGGAGUACAAUUCCACCCAAGAGGAGCCCACAGACUGCUUAACAGAAGAGGAAUUGAAGGGGCUUGUUCAGGUUAAUGAGUUGUCCUUGGAACAGCUUGACUUUGAAGAAGAAGAAGUCUUGUCCGAUCUUACUUUUGAUGAGGAGCUCCCUAGCCGGGAGAUGCCAUCUAAUUAGUGCUGCGCUCUUUGUUUCCAAAAGUUCUGCAGUGUUUGAUUAGGAAGGGCAGCCUGAUGCUAUGACAUGACACGUGCGUCAUAGCCAAUGUUUUCUCUUUCCCCAAAUACGCAACAGUGAAAGAAAUGGGCAAUAAACUUGGUGUUACUAAAAUUAAGCCAAAAA